AUGAACCAUAGGCUGACGGCAGACGACGACGGCGACGGCUGCCCGCCAAACACUCGCGUUGACAAUGCCGGCGCCGUGGAGUACUGGAACACCGUCAGGCCAAAUAUCAGCGGCAUGCUUGGUGGCUAUCCAGAGAUAUCCAGGGUAGACCUGCUCUCGUCUCAGUCCUUUCUGGCCAAAGUGCGCCGUCUGUUCCCGUCCGUCGGAGGCAUUGCCGUCGCCGCCUCAGUCCAGCUUCCUCUGCUGUCCCUGGGCGUUGACUGCGGAGCUGGCAUCGGCAGAGUCACGGAAGGGCUCUUGAGCAAGGUCUGCGAGGUCGUGGACAUCGUGGAGCCGGUGGAGGCCUUUGCCAGGGUGCUGAGAGAAGGAAAACUCAAGGCAGAGGGGAAAGUCGGCGACAUCUACGUGACGGGACUGGAGAACUGGAUACCCGCCAAAAGAUACGGCUUGUUCUGGAUCCAGUGGUGUUUGCUCUAUCUCACGGAUGACCAGGUCGUGCAUUUCCUGACUCGAUGCAAAGAUGCGCUGUCAGAGUCCGGGAUAGUCAUCAUCAAGGAGAAUAUCAAUACACUACCGCACGACAGUUUCGACCCGCAGGAUAAAAGCGUCACCAGAACAGAACAAAAGUACCAAGACUUGUUCGAGAUGGCAGGAUAUACCAUUCUAAGAUCAGAGGAGCAGUUGGGGUAUCCUAAACAUCUUCACCUAUUCCCUGUUAAGCUGUUUGCUCUACGACCGAAUUAG